AUACCAUGUCAAAGCUAAACUUCUUUCAUUACUGUUCACACUACGUAAAAAUAUGGACGGACUCCCUCAACAACUGAAAGAAGAUGGUGCAAUUAAGUGUUUCCGAAGAUCUAAAUCGAUGAGUUCCCUGAGUGAUGAUAUUAAUAUGACUUUCUACCAAAUAGAUAACGAGCCUAUAAAACAAUUAUGUGGCUACGCAUACGCAUGCAGAAGCUACACGGUAAGCGGGUCGUCCGUGGAAGCGUAUCGUCAGGGUCCGUCCUCAAUUUUGGACUCUGACUCCGAACCUUCGGUGCAUGGACGCAAGGUCGCCCAGGAUGGGGCCUCCAGCUGUGAUGGCGAGGCUAUGUUGAAUUUGGAACGGAAGAUUGAUCGUUUGAGUCAUUUGUUCGAAGAACAGUGCAAGAUGCUGGGGGCCAUAAAAGAUGAGGUGCAGGAGUCCAAGGCCCCGUCCGAGGGCUCGGGCUAUGGGUUCGCACACAUGCUGGCCGAAGUCGUCAACAAGAGCAAGAGCAGAAUAAAAGAGCUCGUUCAAAGCGAUUCAUCCGAGUCGCUAGAGCCGAACCCUCGCGCCAAGAGUCUGCUGGACGCCAUCGAGACCAAGCGAGCCUCCUCGCUGGACGGGCACGUGCGAGACGCACUCACUGCCUUCUUACAGAGUGACGAGCUGCGCUCGCGCGUGGCGUCGGCGACGGCGGCGAGCGUGCGGUCGGUGGUGCGGGACGGCGCGCGCGGCGUGUCGGCCGCGUGCCUGCCCGCGCUCGCGCGCCAGCACCGCCGCCUCGCCAGACAAGUCUCCAGGACGCUGGAAGACGCUUUCGCCGAACUGGAAGAGAACUCGGCCCAGCUGUCGCGGCACAUGCACAAGACCACGCGCGAUCUGCGGCGCGCGCUUGACGCCCACAGCCUGCACGCACCUGACACCCACUUCGCUGACGCUUUGCGGAACACCGUUGAGGAACUACUAGACAAAGAGCUGAAGCAAUGGCGUCAGAAGGUCCUCGACAUAAUCGUGACGGAGCUGCAGGCGGAGUAUUUCGAGGACUGCUCCGCGGGCUCUUCUGAACCUCCGGACUGCCCACUUAGCCCGAGUAGCCCGCCGCAGCCGGCCGACCCCGAACGAUCCAUCAUUGACCAACUGAUGCAGUCGGCGGAGAUCAACAAGCAGAUCCUCGACGGCGACGUGAACGGGUCGUUCGAGCGCGCGCUGUCGGCCGCCGACCUGUCGCUGGUGAUGGCGGCGUGCCGCGCCGCCGACCCCGCGCACGUUUUCGCGCCCUGCCGCCUCCAGCAGCCCGUGCUGCUCUCGCUGGCGCAGCAACUCGCCACCGACAUGCUGCACGAGACACAGCUCAAGUGCAGAUACUUGGAAGAAACUAUCAUCAACUUAAACGCGUCGGAUCCAGCGACGAGAACCCAUCUUCCUUUGGUGAUCGGCGAAGUUCGCAAACACCUGAUUAAGUUCCUCCUGUCUUAUCCCAACCACGUAGCAGGUAGAAGAGUGACCUUGAUCGUUAUGGCUGCUGAUAAUUUACUAAAACAAUGUAAUUAAUGUUAAAAAAUCAAUUAGAAUUCAUGCAAAAUAAAAGUGUUGAUUAUC